CGUUCCCGACCGGUCUGCGCCACGUUCUGUGCGCACACGUACCCGCGCGAUGGGAACAGGAAACGCAGAUAUAACUCGUCUACCCGCCGCCUCCGCUUGGCAAAGACGAACUUCCAACUUCAUCUUUCGCAUCUCCCGCCCCUCUCUCCUUUCUCGUAAUUCGCAACGAUGUCGCGCGCCGCCAAGAAGCCCGACCCGCCGCUCAAGUUCGAGUUCACGACGAACAGCGUGCGGAACACGACGGUGUCCGUGGACGACGACAAGUUCAUAUACGAGAUCGUCACCCGGUACUGGCACCCGAACAUCACCAAGAUCAACAAGGUCGACGUGGAGAGCCGUGAGGUCCGGCUCAUCGCCGAGAUCGAAAAGGCCGCCUCGCCCGGCGCCGAGGAGCGCGUGCGCCUCGGAGGCGAAGGCGCCCAGUGGGUCGACGCGAGCGAGUUCCUCAAGCAGGAAGCGAACGGCGCCACGACCUGGGUAUCCGAGACCGGUGAGGAGUACAGAUGGGAUAAACAGAAGGGAAAAUUGGCUCUUUUAAAGGCGUCAGAGGAAGCAGAGAAGCCCGAGCCACUUGCGAAGUACCACCCACACAAGCGUCAUUUCUUUUUCUUCCGUAUGUCGAAGCAUGCAUGGCUCGAGGUCAAGCCUGAGGCCGUCGGCGCACUUGAUCAACUCAUCAUCAGUUACAUCCUCGUCGAGAGAAAGCGAAGGCAUGGUAAAGCGUAG